AAACAGCAUAGGGACUAGUUAGUUGAAUCAACUCGCUAGAGGCCUUUCACAGUCAAUUCCAGCCAUGUCCUCAGAAUGUGAGAGGUGCUUCAGCCUUGCAAAGCUUCAAGUUUCUUCGCAAAGGCACCGCCAACACCACACAACAAUCAGGUGUUGUCAAUGCCUGAAGAACUGGGCCAGGCUAGGCGCGUUCGACUGGGGGACAUUAGGGCUUUGUCAGCUAGAUGACCUACUUCAAAUGGGGCAAGAGUGAAGAGAAAUGGACGUUUCUGGCACCUCCUGAGAAGCAGUGUGGCUAACAAUCAAUCGAGUUCAAUUUCGGCGCCUUGGUAGCCUCCCAUCCGGUCGGUAUGGUCAAAU